AUGGCCGCCGGCGACGGCGACCACCUCGCGCCCUCCUCCGCCGCCAGGCGAGCCUUCACUCUGACGCCGACCUCGCCUAUCGACUCCAGUGGUCGGGCCGCUUUGGGACGUGCUUUUCAUGACCCAGAAGCCGGUGGAGGGGUUCGUAGAGGCCGCAAGACGAUUGAGGUCAUGGCGCUCAUGGAGGGCCUCCACGCCGCGCUCAGGCUAGGCAUCCGGAACGCCACCAUCCUCACCGACUACAUUCUCCUGCACAACCAUAUGCUUGGAAUUUGGCGUCCAAAGAAGAAGCUGGCAGACAUGAUUGAUCGGGUUAUGUCACUGCGAAGGCAAUUUGACAAAUGUGAAAUAACACUUGUUGAGCACAGCCAGGAACAUGUGAGAAUUAAGCUGCUGCAUGGAACACUCCCAUCUUGCCCACAAGAUGGCUGCACUUCCAAGCUAACUGUGGAGGGUUCCAAGGUAUCCCUAUCACCUCAACUAUUAGAGAUCAUGGUACAGCGUAUCAGGGAAGAGCAAAUCCCUCCAACCCUAAAGAUUUACUGCCCUUAUCCCAAGUGUUCAGCCUUGAUGUCCCUGAGUGAGCUGAUGAAGCCAAUGCAAGGGACUUGCUCAAAAUGUAAAGUCCCCUGGCAUGAUAGGAUGACUUGCAAUGACUACGAGAGAAGGUACCCGCAUGGGCAUCCAAAAGAUGCCAACGUACAGAACCUUGCACAGCAGCGGCUGUGGCGGCAAUAUGUGAGAUGCAAGCACAUGAUUGAAUUCGCAGAGGGUUGCUACCAUAUGACUUGUGUGUGCGGCUAUGAAUUCUGCUACACAUGUGGGAGUGAAUGGAAGGAGAAGAAAGCAACUUGCAGCUGCUCACUGUGGGAGGAACGCAAUAUCAUCAGGUAUGAUAAUGAGGAUGACGACUACUACGAUGAUGAGGACGAGGAUUACUACGAUGAAGAAGAUGCUUACUAUGGACGAGGCCCUCUCCAUAACGUGGUUCACCUUCCUUUUCAUGGAAGGGCUGUUCACUAG